UCAUAAAAUGCCAACUGCUACCACUGAUAAACAAAAAUGUCUGAAGUGACUAGUGUAAAUUAAUAUGAAAAUAGCAAGUUGUUGAAUAACUAUUUCGUCAUUAGUGCACAGUUAUUGGUCGGGUGAAGUUGUGAAAGUACCUUUAAGGGUUCAAUAAACAAUAACAGAAAUUUAGAAAAGAAAUACAGAAUAUCAUGGACGACGAGGAUAACGAUGAGCGAACAAGGAAGCUGGGCUACAAACCACAAAAAGAGAGUGUUUACAACAAACUGCUACCUUAUGCGGAUAAACUGGACGAGGAAUCUGAAAAGCUCUUCUUCGACAUCAAAACUAACCUCGUCAAAGCCUUUCUGGCACGUGAAGUAAAACCUGCCUGUGCAAUCUGGACCUCAAGGUUGUUCAAGUACAUGAAGAUUUACGGUUUGAAGUUCUCCAAAGAAGAUCACAUAUGCUUGAUAAAACUAUAUUACGAGAAUAUCUUGAUUCCGAACUUGGAACCGACGAGGAUCAACAGAUACGCAAUUAUUUUAUCAUUUUUGCUCAAAAAAAAAGAAUUACUCAGCAAUGAAGAUUUGCAACUGGAUUGGAGACCGCUGUACGAAUUGUGGGAAAGGGUUACCAAGAAAUCCAAUAAACAUCUUGGGAUGUAUCGAUAUAUGACAACUUUACAGGGAAGCUUAGAUUUACUUGUUAAGUCUGCAAGGAUUUAUUUUCCUGUAACGGCUACACAGGAAGUUUUAGAUGAAUUCAGACCGAAGCUUUGUCCAUUGACGAUCUUUGAUAUGCAAAAUGGAAUCAAUUAUCUUGAAGCGUUUUUACCGAUUAUAACAAAACCCGAAGAAGCCCAUUUGGGUUAUAAACUUUGGCUUGAAGAGUUUAUGAACAUAUGGAACGUUUUCUUUGGGUCCGCUGGUUGGGAAAAUGAUAUGACUUGGCUAAUGGCAAAUCUAGCUUACUACAAUGUUGGGCAAAUUGAUUGGGAUCCUUAUAUACCUAACAUGUUUGUGAGGUUCAUGCGUACAUUGGGAUUACCGGUCACCUUCAAACAUAAAGGAGUUGGGAAGUUUUUUAAAGUCGAAAUUACGCCCAUGGCUAUGUGGAUUGUAUACACUUUAGGUGGCCCUACCGAUUUGGCUUUUAAACAUCUCGAACAGUUUAUGCACACUUUGGAAUCGUAUUAUCAUACGGCUAAUUCCGGAAGGUGGUCUCCGAGAAUCAAAGAGUUUCUUAAAAAAAUAUCUCUGCAAUUCGUCACGCGUAUACACAAUGAAAGACAUAAAGCAAAGUCGUGGGAAUUCGAUAUACCCGACAGCUAUAAAUUAAGCGACUAUGACAUCGAUAGGUUCGUGAACAUCAUGAAACCUUGCGUAGAACAUUCCGUCUUUUCACGACAGCUACAAGAUCUAACAAUGACGUACAAUUAUUUGGCAUCCUUGAGGCCCAACAUAAUAGUACCAAUUUUAUUAGACAAACUCUACAUGUCCAUGGACUCCUUGACCGAACCGAAUAAAUUGACAUCAGCUAUGAAUAGUGUAACUGCGGUUGCUAGGUAUAUGGUUCAGGGUAAAAGAUUGAAUUACCCAGAAGGACCAAUGCAUGUGAUUCCGCUGCUUUUUAACCUUUUGCCGGGAAUUGAUCCGAACGAUAUCCGUAAAUGUUUUAUGACCUUUAAUUUUAUUGUACAAUUUGUGAACAUGAUUCCACUGUUGAACUCUUCGGAGGCGUCCAAAUACUACACUGAUUUGACAGAAGAAGAGCACAUUGUGUGCGAAGCAACAGCCGGCUUCGAGGAUUUCGUUUUACAAUUCUUCGAUCGUCUAUGCAUUUGGGUUGAAUCAAAUAGUUUGGAAUCUACUCGCAUGGAACAAAAUGACCAUGAUAGACGGAAGAAUAAAUCUGAAACAGUAACGGAAAGUGCUUUGAUCUCCGUUCUUUCAGCAGUCUUGUCACAAUGUUCACCGGAGAUUUUUACGUCGGCGCUAAGGAAAAUGUAUAACUUUGCUACGACGAGGAUUUUUGAAGUGAAAAUCUCAGGAAAAUUAGUAGGCAUUAUAUGUCAAAUAUUUGCUAGGAUUAAUCCUCAAGAGACAACUAAACUUUUUAUUCCACACCUCUGUGAUACUAUAGAGAAUUUAUUUAGUGAGCAUGAUAAUAUCAUGGAAGAAGAAAACUUAGAUGAAGAACUUCUGUAUAAUAUUUUACUACUAUCCGAAAUUGUCGAUGUCAAUUCGGAGAUUAUAAAAUACAUAGAUAGGAUUACUCAGAUUUUGGAUCGUCUUCUGUUCAUGGCAUCACUACAAGCGACGGUUAUGGGUGGAAGGAUGCUCUCUAUAAUUACAACGACUUUAACAUUCACGCAACCAAAAGAAUAUCGUAGUACAUCAGUGCCUUACGACACCAGCGUUAAGGAUUAUCUACCAAUUAGAGAAUGGGGCAAAGCCGGUCAAUUAAAAGACUUGAAUAUCAGCUGGUACAUGCCGGGAGAGAAGGAAAUUGAAUGCGCGCAAAUGCUUCUAAACAGAUAUUUGAUUCCGGAGUUGGAAAAGCUCGAGAAAUACGCCGAUGGUGAAUUGGAGCUGAACAGAGAAGAGCGCAGAAAGAGCUUUAAAAUUGUCGUCGCUUCUCUAGGAUGUCAUACAGUUUUACCGCUUUGGAAAGAACCUCCCCUCAAAAUUAUGGAAUCUGUUCUAAAACCGUGGGCUUUUGAGUUGAUCAUUAGCAGUUCGCAUACAAUUCAAAUGCCGGACGGCAGAAAUGUACGGAAAGUCGUUGCGGAUAUAUUGCAUAAAGUUCAGAUUAAGAUACUUGAUGUCGAUGAAGGCGAUACCAAGAGUAUAUUCUACAUAAUCAACAUUUACGAUUUACUUUUGUUUAAUAAAUUCAGAGGACGUGACUUUGAAUAUCAUUGGAAAAAUUUCCACACUGUAAAAAUACUGUUAGAGGAUAAGGUAAAUAAAAGGAAGAAACAUCUUCGACAUAUCUUAAUUGACCGAGUCAUGCUGCACCAAGAAUUAAGAAACGAGAGCAGAAGCUGCAUGUUCACAUACACUCAUCAACAAGUCAUUGAAGAUUUGUUCAAAUUGGCGACUAGUCGUUACAGCGAAGUAAGAAUAUUGUCUCAGUUGAGAUUAUUCAAUGCAGUUCAUACAUAUCCUUACGCAUAUACCGUCAUCUCGCCGUAUAUCAAAGAGAUCCUCACUUUGGAUUCGACAGAACAUCAUUCCAAAUUCAAAGGUUGUUUAUAUAUCUUGCUGGGUCCUAAAUCGAGUCCGAUUAUCGCGCGUCAUGAUUGGCAGUUCAUUAAAGAGAUUUGGCCUAUGAUUGUCACAUCCAAACCAUCUGAGAAAAUUUCCAUAGUUAAUUUAAUGGACUCUGUAGUCAGUUAUGUCCAUACUUAUUUUCCGACGAUAGCCAUAAAUUUUGAGAUUCCGGAAAAGACAUUGAAAGUGGCAUACGAUUUUGCCGAGGCUGGUACAAAGAAAAUCUGCUUGGAUGAUUUCACCGAAGAGAUUCAAUCAUCUUCAGAGAAAUUGAGGUUGCGUUCUCUAGACAAUUUAAAUACUUAUAACGAAAUUUUGGAUAUGCUUCUGGAAGCUGCUACUACCGGAAACCUGCACUGGAGAUAUCAUAUGAUGGCUGUAUGUUUCUUAAGAGAUUUAGUUCAUUGCCAUGUACGAUAUAAUGCAAAUGUCGUCCGUUUCUUCUUAUCUAUGCUCAUUAAUGAAUCGUUGAAAAUACGGAAGCUAGCAAUGAAGGCGGUCGUAUUUAUUUUGAUUCAGAACAAGCCAAAUUUUGUGAGAAUACAAAUCGACCCAAAGAAAUAUAUGCGCGAAAUUCCAAAAUCUUCGAAAUUACCGCCUGGUAUUAGAGCAGAUAAUGAAUGGUUGCUCUAUAACAGUAAGACGUCACCGAAGAAUACAGAGCAAUGGAACGAAACCAGAUUCUGCCAUGACCAAUAUUCUGGCUAUUAUUGUUGGCCUCCAACUAUAACAGUCUCGGCUCCACCAAAUGAUCAACCUAAUAUAAGUGACCAUCCAGAAAUAAUGACUGCUCAACAAAAAGAAAUUUAUGAAUUCUUCACGAACGACGCGAAUAUGGAUUUAUUGAUCAAAUAUUGGUCUUUGGAGGAAAAGAAAGGCAAUGAUAAAUUUAGUUCGAGUCGCUUCAUUCUCUUUAAACAUGUGUUUAAAAUGUUUGAAGAUAAAUUGCUACCAAUAUUUAUACCACGUUUACAAAAAUUAACGGAGGAAAAACAGGAGCAAAGCCAAAGAUGCGCAACUGAAAUCAUUUCCGGUCUCUUGUCCGGCUGCAAACAUUGGAAUUACGAAAAAACCGAAAAUAUGUGGAAGCAAUUGUUGCCUAUAAUAAGAACGGCUUUUAACAAUCUGUCCGAUGAGAACUUCGUAGAUUGGGCCUCGUGUUUUGCUGCAGGAUUGGAAAAUCGCGAUCCAAAUAGGUAUUAUUGGUUGCUCGAAUUCCUUGUGGACAGCCCACUGAGCGAGCAGACUACAUUCAUAGCAUCUGCCAGACUGUACAUAAUAUUCGUUACACUUGCGAAACAGUCGUGGAGAAAUGCCGAACUGUUAAACAGAAAUUUUGAAUAUUUAAAAGACUACUUAAGCCAUCCAUUCCAAAACAUCAGGGAUAAGAUUAACAUAUCUCUGGUAGCAACGUUCCUAAAAGAUUUCCAGUUCCCUUCAGGAGAUUGUCCCAAAAUUACAGAAUUCUUCGAAACUGUUACUCCCAAACUCAACGAACUCUAUGCAAAUACGCUUUAUAAAUUGGAGCACACAAAAACUGCUGAAACAGAUGCUGCCAAAAAAGAAGUUACCGAUAAAAUUCGCCUGUUUAAAGUCGUGGGUAAAUUUGCGAUCGGAACCAUCGCCCGAAUAAAUUACUCGACGUUACCGGAGUUUGUGUCGCUGAUACCAAUAGCUUGUGUGCUGCAAAGCAACGAAGUGGAUGAUGAAUUGUCGCUGAUAUGCAACAGUAUAUUGGCAACGUUCUCCAAUAAUAUGACUCUCUACAAGAAUAUCCCUAAUAUAAUUUCUUGUAUAAAAGAUGUGUCUGUAUGUCCCUUCUGGUCGGCACGCGCAGUGAUCGCCGAAUUCAUUGGGGUCUUCGUCUUUCAUAAUAUGGCCAACAUCAUCAUGAAUAAAAAAUGGAUCGACGAUAUCCAAGAGGUAGCCAUAAAGUUACUACAAGACCUACAGCCGGAAGUCAGAGUGAAGGCAGGCCAAUUGGUCAGUGGUCUUCUCCAUUGCCAUUUCGUUAGAGAUCAAAGUGCUCUGCUGGAAAUAUUCAAAGAUAAGGCUGCAACUAAACUGAGACAUAGACAAGGUGUUGCUUCCAACAUUUGCGUUAGACAUGCAGGUGUUUUAGGUUUAUGCAGUUUCAUCAACGCCCAUCCGUAUGAUGUCCCGGAUUACAUACCAGGAAUUUUCGAAGAUCUAGGCGCACAUCUCAGCGAUCCGCAGCCAAUUCCUGCGACUAUUCGUAAGACUUUGGGAGAUUUUAAACGUACACAUCACGUGGACUGGGAAUAUCACAAAUUGAAAUUCACCGAGAGCGAACUGCUAGUGCUUAGCGACCUUACAGUACCUCCAUCAUACUAUGCUUAAAUGCAAUGAAUACCUAAAUUUACCCUACAAUAUUAUUUAUAUAUGUCUCUUCGAGUGGUAAUUGUUUCGUAUGUACAUGUUUUACAUAUGUAUCUAAUAUCGUACGUGCAAAGUGUGGUUUAACUUUCUUUUAUUUAUUUAUUUUACUCUGCGGAUCAUGGAAAUAUGUGAUAGACAUUUUACUUUACUAACUUAGUUCUAGAACUUUCAACAACAACAACAACAAUAAUAUUUUAUUUAAACGUGUAGGUGAUCAGUGUAGCCUUGUUAUAUUGUGGAAAGUGACAAGAUUAUAUUAUUUAUGUUUCAAUUAAAAUCUAUUCUAUUUAAUUGUAUAGACAGAAAACAAACAUGUAUUUUAU